UUGUCACUCAACCACGGUACAGCCGGGCCCUGGGCUUUGUUACCAGCCACUUCGCGAGGGCCCCCGGCGCGCGGGGAGGCGGCGCUUCCUCCACCCGGAGGGUGGGACCCUCGGCCUCUGCCGGGCCUCGGAUCGCCGACGACUUGGUGUGGAUGACUACAGCUCAGAGUCUGAUGUGAUUAUUAUACCUUCAGCCCUGGACUUUGUCUCACAAGAUGAAAUGUUGACGCCACUGGGGAGAUUGGACAAGUAUGCUGCAAGUGAGAACGUAUUUAACAGACAAAUGGUGGCCCGGAGUUUGCUGGACACAUUGAGGGAAGUCUGCGAUGAUGAAAGAGAUUGCAUUGCUGUUUUGGAAAGAAUUAGCAGAUUAGCUGACGAUUCAGAACCAACCGUGAGAGCUGAGCUGAUGGAACAGGUGCCUCAUAUUGCAUUGUUUUGCCAAGAAAACCGGCCUUCAAUCCCAUAUGCUUUUUCCAAAUACUUACUGCCUAUCGUGGUUAGAUAUCUCGCAGAUCAGAAUAAUCAGGUAAGAAAAACAAGUCAGGCAGCUCUGCUGGCCCUGCUGGAGCAGGAGUUAAUUGAGCGAUUCGAUGUGGAGACCAAAGUGUGCCCCGUCCUCAUAGAGCUGACUGCCCCAGAUAGCAACGAUGAUGUGAAAACCGAAGCUGUGGCUAUAAUGUGCAAAAUGGCUCCCAUGGUUGGGAAGGACAUUACAGAGCGUCUUAUCCUCCCUAGGUUUUGUGAGAUGUGCUGUGAUUGCAGAAUGUUUCAUGUUCGAAAGGUCUGUGCUGCCAAUUUUGGAGAUAUUUGCAGUGUAGUUGGCCAGCAAGCUACUGAGGAGAUGCUGCUGCCCAGGUUUUUCCAGCUUUGUUCCGAUAACGUGUGGGGAGUCCGGAAAGCUUGUGCCGAAUGCUUCAUGGCCGUUUCCUGUGCGACAUGUCAAGAAAUCCGACGGACUAAAUUGUCAGCACUGUUUAUUAAUUUGAUCAGUGAUCCUUCGCGUUGGGUUCGCCAAGCAGCUUUUCAGUCUCUGGGGCCUUUCAUAUCUACUUUUGCUAAUCCAUCUAGCUCAGGCCAGUAUUUUAAAGAAGAAAGCAAAAGCUCAGAAGAUACGUCAGUAGAAGACAAAAAUAGGAUCAGAGAUCAAGAAGUCCCAGAGGAUGUACAGAUCAGGCCAGAGGAUGUUACUUCAGAUCCCAGUAUUAGUAAUUCCAGUGUCAGACUGGAAAACAUGGUGGAAGAUCUUGCUGAAACAUCUAGGAAAUCUCCAGGUGAAAUAAGUGUCCCAAUGGACAGCUCUUUACUUUGUACUUUGUCCUCAGAAUCUCAUCAGGAAGCAGCUAGUAAUGAGAAUGGUAAAAAGCCUGCUAACUGCAAAUCUGCAUUACGGCCAGAGGGUGGCGCCAGUUCACCAGAUUCAGCUCUCUUAGAUCAGGAAUUGUACAACUCCUUCCAUUUCUGGAGGACUCCUCUUCCUGAAAUAGAUCUAGAUAUAGAGCUUGAGCAGGGCUCUGGGAAUACUCUCAGCCCAGAGAGACCAGAAGAAACCUCUGAAGUCACCGUACCAGGUUCUUCAAAUAUCACUAUGGCCACCAGAAAGGAACUUGAAGAAAUGAUAGAAAAUCUAGAGCCGCACAUUGAUGAUCCAGAUGUUAAAGCGCAAGUGGACGUGCUGUCCGCAGCGCUGCGCGCUUCCAGUCUGGACGCCCACGAGGAGGCCAGCGACGCAGAAAAGAGAAGUGAUGUGCAAGAUGAGCUGGGUGUAAAUGAGCUACCAAACUGUAAAAUAAAUCACGACGCCUCCGUGCCUUUAAUCAGCGACGCCGUUGAGAAUAUGGACUCUGCCCUUCGUUAUAUUCAUAAUGAUUCGGACUUGAGCACCAGCAGUAGUUUUAGCCCUGAUGAGGAGAGGAGAUCUAAAGUACAAGAUGUGGUGCCUCAGGCUCUGUUAGAUCAGUAUUUAUCUAUGACGGACCCAUCUCGUGCGCAGACGGUCGACACUGAGAUUGCCAAGCACUGUGCGUACAGCCUUCCCGGCGUGGCCCUGACCCUGGGCAGGCAGAACUGGCACUGCCUGCGAGAGACCUACGAGACGCUGGCAUCAGACAUGCAGACUUCUUCACCAGUAGAACUGGGCAGGGGACCACAAAGGCCCAGUCUCCAUAGCGUGGUGUCCUGCGCACUGGUGGUUUUCCAUCUUCAUCCCACAGGCCUUUCAAAGCUCCUCAGGGCCCCUGGUGACUGGGAAGGCCCUGGAUGGGCAGGGCUUCAUGCCUCCAUCCCCUCCCCUCCAUCAGAACAUCUCUGCCUUCAUCUGCUUGAUAUGCUGAAUGUGGGUAUAAAAUUUUAUUUCAGGAACGGGGUCUGGUGUUUGGGAUUGUGGGGACAAAACCCUUGCUGUAAACGGCUUCUCAGCAAGUAGAGUGUUUUAAGCUAAGUAACAAAGUAAAAACUUUCAAAAGGAACAUGAAGAAAAAGAUGUUUGUCAUGUAAACUUUCCUACAUUUUCCUAUUCUUACAUUUUUU